GAAAGAACGAAUAGCGCGUUGUUAAUAGAAGCUUAGAGGGAAUCGGAAACUGUUGCUGACUCUCUUUCUUUCGGUCGUAAGCCGGCACCGGUUCACCAUAAGAACCGACUGUGACGCGUGCCAACAGCUCCGAAAUUAUUCUGGUGGCCAGUAUACCGUUGCUUUCACUGAUCUCGUCCGUUCGACCGGUCCACUUGCUAUUUUCUGACGUGGUUUUAACGCGGUAAGUUCUGAACGAUACACGAUGGCGGCGGUUGACUGUUACCAGAAUCAAGCCCAGGCUGAGGGUACCGGGCAACAAUCUCAGACUCAGCAGUCCCAGUCUCAGCAGCAGCAGUCUCAACAGCAACAGUCCCAAUCCCAGCAGCCACAACAGCAACAAGCUACCGCCGGAAUUCCAGGCAAGGAUGACGAACGCAAACUUUUCGUUGGUGGCCUGUCGCGUAAUACCACGGACAAGGAAUUGCGAGAUUAUUUUGGCAAAUUCGGAGAAAUUGAAAGUAUCUCCGUUAAAAUCGAUCCCUAUACCGGUAUAUCGCGAGGUUUCGCGUUUAUGGUUUUUACCAAUCCCAAGACGAUCGACAAACUUUUGGCCUCUGGUGAACAUUACAUCAAUAAGCGAAAGGUUGACCCCAAACGGGUGAGCAAGAAACCCCAGUAUGGCAAAAUUUUUGUUGGUGGCCUUACUCCUGAAAUUACGGAUGACGAUAUCAAAACCUAUUUCGGACAAUAUGGGACAAUUGUCGAAUUACAAGCACCAUUCGAUAAAGUGAAAAACCAAAGGAAAGGAUUUUGCUUCAUAACAUUUGACUCCAAGGAAGUUGUAUAUAAGUUAUUGAAAACACCAAAACAAACAAUAAACGGAAAGGAAGUAGAUGUCAAGAAAGUGAAGGUUAAUCUAGAUACAAGAAAUCAAGGAUUCUGGGGACCUGGAUAUAGCUAUGGUUAUGGUUAUGGCUACAUUCCUGAAUAUUGUAACGGAUAUCAAGGAGGAUAUGACGAUAUGUAUGCAAAUUUUGAUUAUGAAAGUUAUGAUGAUUAUGGUAAUAUGGGAUAUGGAGCCCCAGGUAAGCCACGAGGAAAUGGUCAAGGACCACGUCAGUUUCAGAGACAUCAACCCUACUAAUAGAAGCAAAGGGUAUAUGAAUCUUACAUACUCGAAACAUGGUGAUAAAGCAAGAACAUAGUAAGGAGUAGACCAAUGUUAUUUAGAUACAGUCUGAGACUGAGAUCAGGAAAUUUGGGAUAAAAGAGCUUAUGAGGUCUUUGUAAGAUCCGUGUUCAAAUCCCAAAUACCCUAAUCUUUAUAUCAUGUACAUUUAAAUGUACAGUUUCUAAAAAUGGAACAAGAUUUUCAUUGAUCUGUAGUCAGAGUAAUUUGUUAAGUCAAAAAGGAUUGCAGCUUUUUCUGUCUAUGCACAUUUUGUCAUGUUUACAUAAAACAAUUACUAAUCAGACUGCAAAAGAGGAUAUUCAGAUAUUUUUUACAAAUGUUGAAUUUUUCCUACAAAGAAAUACUUUAUCCUACACAUACAUAAAACAAAGUAUGAGGAGGCAGUGACUAAUAGUAACUGAUUACAAUAAUGUAUUUGGAGCCAUGCAUACAGUAAAAGAAAUUAAAAUAAUUGAUUUACUCCUGGUUUCUUGUUAUUCAUGAUUCAUAAUACUAACAUGUAUAUCUUAUAAUUUAAUACUCUAAUUAUUCUUUAGAAUCUUAAGUUGCAUUACUAAAGUAUUGUUUAUUAUAUGCUUGGUGUUAAUCUUAUUAUUAAAAAACACAAUACUGUGUUGUUUACAGUAGAACUUUACAUCGAUAAACAGUUUCAGUUCGGAAAGCACUUGUCAGUUAGAAAUAAUUGAUAGAUAUAAAACAAAUUACCAUUCAUGGACCAAUGGUUCGUACUCCUAAUUAAACGUACUUCUUCCUCAUAAAUUUAUAACAUAAACGUAUUAUCUAUUAUCAUCUAAUUGUUUAUAUUUUAAAAUAAGGCUUGUAACUUAUAUGAAUCAUAAGGUAUCAUGAGAGACAUAUACAUCCUCGUAUGUAAUAUGUAUAUGCGUGCAUACAUACAUAGUGAUGUAUACAUGUAUGAGUUAGUAUAUGAUAAAGUAGCGAUUAAGAGAAAGAUAAAAAUAUUUCAAAAUAAAUAUAAUUAAAAUAUGAACGUCCUGGGUAGAUACGCGAAGAGUACGCGAGUGGUAGAGGAUGGUUACAAAAUAUUUUAAAACAACAUUGGAAGAGCAAUAAUUAUAUUAUAGACAGCACGAAAUUUCUUUCGAUAAUUUUAUAAUUACAUACUUUUAGGAUAUUUUUUCUGUUUUCUGAUAUUUUACUUGUAACAAAAUCAUUUGCAAAAUUUAAUUAAGAAGAUCAACGCUUGGAGAAUGUUGUUGCACUCGUGUACUCCUUUAUAUGGAAGACAUACAAAUAUGGCAAAAAUAAUUGUCUUGUUGCGUGAACAAAAAGAUUCGUGAACACUGAAUCAACAGAAUGUUUAAGGCAUUGAAACAAAUGUAAGGGAAAAUUCUUAUAAUUUAGGCUACUAUGACAUUUCUUUUGCAUUUGCUUUUGAACAGCAGUUCCUGUCUGGUAUACAAAGACUGCUCUUCAUGUUGCAAGAAGACUGUUACUUUGUAGAGUAUCAUAUUACAUGAUACAUAACUAGAAAAUUUGACAACCAAUAGAACUUACGUGUCAUUUUCUGGACUAAAAGAAUUAAAAGUGACAACAUAAUUAUAGCAAAUGUAGAUAUGGCAUUAUGAGACUACAUUUAGUGUUUACAUCGAAAUUAUACUAUACAUAAGGCUGAUAAGGCUUUAAACAUUCAAGUUUUUCUCAGAUGUUACAAAAGUAUCGAAAGUUUGGCUUAAAUAGAAUUUAAUAAAACACAUACACAAUGACUAAUAAACUGUUCUCUGAUGAAAGAUUUUAAGCCAAGCUAAUUGUGCUUUUGAAAUUAAAUCUGUAUACUAUGUAUACCAUAUUUGCUGCGUGUGGAAAAAAUAUAUAUAUACACAUAUAUAUAUAUGUAUAUGUAUAUAUAUAAAUAUCUAUAUAUACAAAAAAAAGAGAACAGAGUGUGAAAUUAAAGGAAAUAACACAAAUAUUUUGUUACUAUUGAUUACUAUUCGCCUGUUUCACCCAUGACACAGUGUAUAUUUUAAUUAUAACAAAAAAUAAAAUAUUCAUUAUUCGAAAAAUA